AUGGGUCUCUAUAUGAACGCGAUAGCAGGUGGUAAUACGGUGGGACCGUUGGUCUGCGGCUUCAUCGCGACGAACCUCAGCUGGCGAUGGCACAAGUGGAUUGCUGCAAUUCUGACCGCACUCAACUUCCUCACGAUACUGCUCUUAGUCCCUGAGACUCGAUACGCGCGUGAGCAUAUCAAAGGCGCUGGUGUGGCUAUCUGUCCUUCAAACGAUAAGAUCGUCAUGGCGGAAGAGAAACAUCUUCGCCCAAAAUCGAGUAACCGCAUCUUGCACCAAGAGGUAAAGAACACAUGGAGGCAGGAGCUGAGCCUGUGGAGUGGCGUCUCGGAGACGAGUCUGGUGAAGCUGUUUAUACGACCGUGGCCGAUGAUCGUGUAUCCCGCGGUCAUAUACGCGUUUCUCUGCUACUCCAUAUCCCUGGUCAUUACCAUCGCGGUCAACAUUCUCAAUCCGUUCGUGCUGCAAGCACCUCCGUACAAUUGGAGCCCACAGAUCAACGGCCUGAUCAAUAUCCCAGGCCUUUUGGGCAAUGUGAUCGGGGCUUGGGCAGGAGGUGACCUCGUGGACGCGUGGUGCAGGUGGCGAACAAGGAAAAUGCUCGGCAUCUACGAGCCAGAAACACGACUAUACCUGGUGGGCAUUCCGUUGGUGAUCACAACAGCAGGCUGUCUUGUGUUCGGCUACGGUGUUCAGAACGCCAUGUCGUGGGUUUCGCUCUUUUUUGGGUACGGCAUGAUCUCGAUCGCGCUCACAGCCAUGCCAACGAUCACUAUAGCGUAUGUGAGCGACUGCGCAUUUCCAGUCAACUCGGACGUACUGCUGCUUGUGAACGGGCUGAAGAACAUCGUGGCAUUUGGCUUCCUCUUCGGUGUAAUCCCUUGGGCUGAAGAGGCGGGUUUUGUCCGAGCUUUCGGUACCCUGGCUGGGGUCUUCGCUGGCAUAGUCGGCAUCGGUGCUGUCUUGUUGGUUAUUUGGGGCGCCAGCAUACGCCACACUUCGGCACAGUGGAGGGUCAUCCUAGAGUGA